AUAGCUCAAUAAAUAUUUUGGUAAAUAAUAAAUAUAAAUCAAUGGCUUUCUCUUCCCCAGCUUUUUCUUCUGUUCCCUCCUUUAUUUCAAUUGUCCCAGAAAAGUUUUCAGGAACAGGCAAGCCAAACCUUCUUGUACGUGGCUGUUUGUCAGCCAAUUAUGAAAAACAAAGCGUUUCCCUUGACAACGAUACUGAUUUCAGAUCUAACCUCUUGAAACACUUGAAGUAUCCAAUCCGACAACCCAGCUUCGCUGAAGACAUUCAUGUCGAACAUGCGCGAAAACUGAAGGCAUUUAAGCAUAUACUAAGCAGAGUAAGAAAAGAUAGUUUUGAAUUGGCCAUUAUUGAUGCUGUUCAACGCCUAGGAAUUGAUUACCACUUCCAGGAGGAGAUUCAACAAAUUAUACGCAGGCAAUAUGUGAUAUCUGCCACUUACCCUUUUCAACAUCAUUAUCUUCAAGAGAUUCCUCUUCGCUUUCGACUGUUGAGACAAGAAGGUUACAAUGUGCCUACCGAUAUUUUUAACAAAUUUAUUAACAAGGACGGAAAGUUUGAACAGAGAGUAAGGGAAGACAUCAAUUCAUUGAUGGGUCUGUAUGAAGCAUCACAGCUUUGUAUAGGAGGAGAAGAUGUGCUUGAUGAGGCUCGGCAACUUAGUUCCAAGCUUCUCAAUCAAUCGAUGAGUUAUCUUGACCCUUACCAAGCUAAGAUUGUUAGAAAUACAUUGUUGUAUCCCUAUCACAGAAGCUCGGCAAGGUUCAUGGCAAAAAACUUUUUUCUUAGCAAUUUCCAAGGUGAAAAUGAAUGGAUACAUGUUUUUCAAGAACUAGCGAAAAUGGAUUUCAAUUUGGUCCAAUCCUUGCACCGAAGGGAAAUUGUUCAAAUAUCUAAAUGGUGGAAAGACCUCGGUUUGGCUAAGAAGUUGGAGUUUGCAAGAGAACAACCGCUUAAAUGGUAUAUUUGGUCCAUGGCCUGCCUCACGGAUGCAAACUCGUCGUGGCAAAGAAUUGAGCUUACAAAACCCAUAUCCUUCGUCUACAUUAUUGAUGAUAUUUUUGAUGUUUAUGGGACACUUGAUGAACUCACUAUUUUUACAGAAAUUGUUAACAGAUGGGAUCAUGCGGCUAUUGAUCAACUUCCAGACUACAUGAAGAUAUGUUUUAAGGUUCUUGAUGAUAUCACUAAUGAAAUCAGCUACAAGGUGUACAAGGAGCAUGGUUUUAACCCUGUGCACUCACUAAGGAAAGCGUGGUCCAGUUUGUGCAACGCAUUUCUUGUUGAAGCAAAAUGGUUUGCUUCUGAGAACGUGCCUAAGGCUGAAGAAUACUUGAAAAAUGGGAUUAUUAGUUCAGGGGUACACGUGGUACUCGUGCACAUUUUCUUUCUUCUGGGUCAGAAUGUAACAAAGGAAACUGUUGAACUUAUUGACAAUAAUCCCGGAAUAAUAUCAUCCACCGCAACAAUUCUUCGGCUUUGGGACGACUUGGGAAGUGCCAAGGAUGAGAAUCAGGAAGGUAAAGAUGGAUCAUACGUUCAUUACUACAUGAAGGAACACCAAGGGUCUAGUGUACAAGCUGCUGAAGAACAUGCUAUGAGUAAGAUUUCAGAUGCAUGGAAGUGCCUAAAUAAAGAAUGCCUCUCCCCGAACCCGUUUCCAGCUUCUUUCACAAGGGCGUCUCUUAAUCUUGCAAGAAUGGUUCCUUUGAUGUACAGUUAUGAUGACAAUCAACGCCUUCCAAGCCUCGAGGAGUACAUUAAGGCCCUUCUCUUCGAAAAUGAAGAACCUACUCGAGGAGUUUAUUAGUUCUUGUUUUUGAGAGAUUUUUUUUCUAGAGUAAACCAAGGAAAGAACAUAACGUACGUUGUUUACAGGGUAAUAUGUAAUCAAAUUAUCAGAUGGGUUACUUAAAUUUCACCCAUGAGAUUUGAUAAAAAUGAAUAUGCCCUUUAAAUCAAUAGAAAUAUGGGUAAAUUAAUGAAUGAACAUGAUUUGAUAAACUGAAGAGGCUACCAGAUCUACCCCUGUGAAACUAAAUUCCUUUUGGUUUCAAGA